AUGCCCUCUCCAGCUGUGACCUCGGUCGAGGUCUCAUCCUUGCCCUUGGUUGCGACGGGCAAGGUCCGGAACCUGUACGAAAUCGACCAGUCGACCCUCCUCCUGGUGGCCAGCGAUCGCAUUUCGGCCUAUGAUGUCGUUCUCCAGAACGGAAUCCCCGACAAGGGCAAGAUCCUGACCCAGGUUUCGAGUCACUGGUUCUCAGUCCUCGCCGAGAAGAUCCCAACCCUCAAGCACCAUCUUCUUACCCUCGCCCCUCCAUCCUCCCUGACGCCUGCCGAGCGCUCCCUCGUCGAGGGCCGAUGCAUGCAGGUCAGGAAGCUCAAUGUGCUUCCCAUCGAGGUCAUUGUAAGGGGCUACAUCACCGGAAGCGCAUGGAGCGAGUACACCGAGAAGGGCACCGUCCACGGCAUCCCGCAGCCCGCUGGUUUGCAGUACUGUGCCGCCUUCCCGGACGGUCCCAUCUACACGCCGUCUACCAAAGCUGUCCAGGGCGAGAAGGACGAGAACAUUACUCCAGACCAGGCGCGCAAGAUUGUAGGCGACAAAGUCGCCGAUAGGAUCGCCGAGCUCUCCGUCACCAUCUACAAGGCCGCGGCCGAAUACGCCAAAGCCCGGGACAUUAUCAUUGCGGACACCAAAUUCGAGUUUGCCUACGACGAAGCCAGCGAUGACAUAGUGUUGGUGGAUGAAGUCUUGACACCCGACUCAUCGCGAUUCUGGCCAGCGGAUGCCUAUGAAGUUGGGCGGGAGCAGGAUAGCUUCGACAAGCAAUAUCUGCGAAACUGGCUGACGUCUAACAAGUUGAAAGGGAAAGAAGGCGUGGAGAUCCCCGAGGACAUCGUAUCGCAAACAAGGGAAAGAUACAACCAAAUCUUCGAGGUACUUACAUCCCCCGUUCCCUCGUCCGUUUGUGCUCAAGGAUUUGUAUGCCUCGGCCAUCUCGGCGCAGUAUCGAAACGUGCCCACAUUGCAGAGAUACUAACAUUUAUUGAUGGCUAUAGCGAUUGA